CGAGGAGUGGAGUAGGGCGAGCAUGAGAAUCUUCACCGUCCAUUUAGCUGCACCGUGCUCCUUCUCCUUCCCGCCCCAUCGUCUCUUCUUAGAGACAAGGAAUAGAGAAUUAGAGAUGGAGGGAGGCGGAGAUUGGGAGGUCUCAGUGAGCGCCGGCAAGGAUUUGGAGGAAGAAGAGGAGGAGGAAAGUUUUCUGUUGAGUCGAGGCGACGAGUUGCCGCACAGCUUCGUGCUGGGAGCGGGUUUCGGCUUUAUGGUAACCGAUGCGUUUGAGCCUGACCAUCCCAUCAUAUACGUGAACCGCUGGUUCGAGGAAAUCACAGGAUAUUGCGCCGAGGAGGUGCUUGGUAGAAAUUGUCGCUUUUUACAGUGCAGAGGACCAUUUGCUCAAAGGAGGCAUCCUUUGGUUGACUCCACAGUUGUUUCUGAAAUAAGAAGAUGCAUAGAGGAAGGAGCCGAGUUCAGAGGCGAGCUUCUGAAUUUCAAGAAGGAUGGAUCACCUAUGAAGUGCAGGCUCCAGUUGAUUCCUAUGUAUGAGGAUAGCGACACACUUACCCAUUUUAUAGGCAUCCAAAUCUUCUCCGACACAAAUGUUGAAAUCAGUCAAUUCUCUAACACCCAUCCAAAGGAGUUUACCGGAUAUUCUGAACGUUUCAGAUCAAGCACAGGUUAUAGACAUAUUUGCCGACAAGUUUGCAGCUUUUUGCAAUUAAACGAUGAGAUUUUAUGUCAGCAGAUUCUUUUAAGGUUAGAUCCAAGAGACAUUGCUUCUGUUGGCUCUGUUUGUAAGAGACUUUAUAACCUGACAAAGAAUGAGGAGCUGUGGAGGAUGGUUUGCCAGAAUUCUUGGGGUAGUGAAACUACUCAGGCUUUAGAAAGUGUUCCUGCAGCCAAAAGGUUAGGAUGGGGCAGGCUUGUGAGAGAAUUAACUACACUUGAAGCCGUUGCCUGGAGAAAAUUUACAGUUGGUGGUUCCGUUGAACCUUCUCGCUGCAACUUCAGUGCUUGUGCUGUUGGAAACAGAGUAGUCCUUUUUGGUGGUGAAGGUGUGAACAUGCAGCCGAUGAAUGAUACCUUCAUUUUAGAUCUCAACUCCAGUAACCCACAGUGGACACAAGUAAAUGUCAGCUCCCCGCCGCCCGGUCGAUGGGGACAUACUCUAUCUUGCUUGAACGGAUCUUGGUUAGUUGUAUUUGGUGGCUGCGGAAGGCAGGGGUUGCUCAAUGAUGUUUUUGUGUUAGAUUUGGAUUCUCAGCAUCCAACAUGGCGUGAAGUCUCUGGUAUAGCUCCUCCUCUGCCACGAUCAUGGCACAGCUCCUGCAUCCUUGAUGGCUCAAAGCUGGUAGUUUCAGGAGGCUGUGCUGAUUCCGGUGUGCUUCUCAAUGACACUUAUCUCCUGGACUUUGCAGCGGAGAAGCCGGUAUGGAGAGAGAUACCGGUGCGGUGGACGCCACCUGCUAGGCUCGGUCAAUCAUUAUCUGUGUACGAUGGCAAUAAAAUACUGAUGUUUGGAGGCUUAGCGAAAAGCGGACCUCUUCGCCUUCGUUCCAAUGAUGUAUUCACAUUGGAUCUCAGCCAAGCAGAGGCAUGUUGGAGGUGCAUUACUGGAAGUGGAAUGCCUGGUACAGGAAAUCCUGCUGGAAGUGGUCCGCCGCCUCGGCUUGAUCAUGUUGCUGUAAGCCUUCCUGGAGGUAGGAUUCUUAUAUUUGGUGGCUCUGUGGCUGGUCUGCAGUCCCGUUCACAAAUAUAUCUAUUGGAUCCAACGGAAGAGAAGCCAACAUGGAGGAUAUUGAAUGUUCCUGGAAGACCGCCGAAGUAUUCCUGGGGGCAUAGUACAUGUGUUGUUGGAGGAACAAGAGUUAUAGUUCUCGGGGGCCAAACUGGGGAAGAGUGGAUGUUGAGCGAAGUAUGUGAACUCUCUCUUACAAGCUUCAUUCAGGUAUGAAAUGCCAGUAUUAAUACUGUGGAGGAAUGAGCAGAAAAGAAAUGAGUUUUUUUUUAGAUGAUGAAUAUCUCCUAAUAGGAGUAUGUUUCCAUGCCGCAGAGCUGCUUUACUGCUGGUUGUUUGUAAAUUUUGUAGCAGCAAACUCAAAGGUUUGAUGUAUAGAAAGCUAUUUAUUU